CAGCGAAAUCACAACUUUGACCCAGGGACGCAUGGAAGCGAUAGGAUGCAUGAGUCAGUCAGCCAACUGAUCGAUGGCCACUCGCCGCUGGGCGUCCCACAAACGUCCAUCUGCCUCGGGUGUAGAAUAUCAUCGUCACUCUCAGCGCAUCAAUAUGAUUGGUACAUCGUCUACUCGCGCAUGGAGGCAUCCAAGGUCACCGUGAAAGUGAGAGAUGAUAUUCCUAUAAUUGGAUGCCUGUCGUAUAAACUUUGGGGUGGACUUUGA